CACUCGACCGCAUUCUGUACAAUCCAAAGUCUUGUCCGGGAAAUAGCGAAACGUCCUAACCGCCCCACCGAAAAUGUGGUUGUCUACGAACAAGAAAUCUAAAACCGGAAAGAAUUCGUCGUUGAUUUCGAACGGUGCUUCGGGCGGAGGGGACUGGAGGACAACCUUGCCUCUCGAUUGGACACGAAUGAAACGGGACCGGCAAGGAUUCGGCGACGACGGGGCCGGUAUGGGCCGCCAUCGGGGCAGCACCCGCCCCCGAGGUCCUUCCGAUAACAAUGGCGGCAGCGAUGGCGAUGGAAAUUCCGACGCGGGCCGCAAGAUCGAGGGAAGGGCCAUAUUCUGUUUGCACGACAACGAUCCGGAUUGGAUCCAGGGAUACUUCGUCGCAAAGGGGUCUACGAAGCCAUGGGGGAUGCUGGYGACUCGAGAAGAGGUCGACGACUGCAUGGCCUGCUGUGCGGGGGGAUAUCGGCGAUUGUCACUGACUGUAUACAAUCGCCAUCGCAAGGGCGGUGCCAUUGGUCGCAAACGCAAGCGUCCCGRCCCGGAAUCAUCCGGCAGUGAGGAAGAGGACAACAAUGRAAACCUUAGCGGCGCGAAGCGGGAAAAGCCSCUGAGGAUUCGAGGCGUCGAGUGGACGGGAGGCGAUAUGAUGGCGCUCUACCAUCCGGACUAUGUCGAYAUGAAAGGCGAGCKCCUUCUUACGGUACGAACCACGAUUGUSUGUCUUUUUGUGAUGAUUGGUCAAAUUGCGUGGAAUGCUAGAUGCAUUGCAGGGCUGGAAGUGGGCACUAAUGCCAAGUUUUCAUCCUUCUAAAUUUGUGUGUGUCGACAGGGGAAGAGGGCUCUUCCAGUGCUGCACAGGUACUUCCAGAAUCUGAUCCAUCGGUUGGAAAAAGAGUUUUGCGUCGAAGAGUGUUCUUCGGUUUUAGAUUGGCUCCCAGACGUAGCGAUUGUUACCGGACCCAUGUCGCUCGCGCUGCCACCAGAAUGAGAUUCCAAAAGAACUCACGGCGCAGGAUCCGGUUUUGACGAUCAAUUCGAUUAACGAUUACCCUCUACUGUACAUGGUAUAAACACAAACUAGACAU